CGACGACCGUCUCAUCGGAGAAUGGAGCAGCAGCUAACCACGAUGGCGGCGAGGAGGCUGCUGCAGGCGCCCACCUCCUCCUUCUCCUCCACGCCGGGGGCGCACACCAUCGCCAACGACAGGGACAUCAUCGUCAUCCUCGCCUCGCUCCUCUGCGCGCUCAUCUGCGUCCUCAGCAUCGGCCUCGUCGCGCGCUGCGCCUGCUCCCGCCGCCUCGGCAUCGGCCCCGCCUCAGCUGCAGCCGCCGCCGCUGCCAACAGGGGCGUCAAGAAGUCCGUGCUCCGCGCCAUCCCCACCGUCGCCUACGUCGCCGCCGUCCCCGAAACCGGCACCGGCAAAGCGGCGGCAACGGACGAGGAGGCCGCAGCGCCGGAGUGCGCCAUCUGCCUCGCCGAGUUCGAGGACGGCGAGGCCAUGCGCGUGCUGCCGCAGUGCGGCCACGCCUUCCACGCCCUCUGCGUCGACAAGUGGCUGCGCGGCCACUCCUCCUGCCCCUCCUGCCGCCGGAUACUGGGCGUCCGCCUGCCGGCCGGCGAGCGCUGCCAGCGCUGCGGCGCGCGGCCCGACCCCGCCGCGGCACGCUGGAAGCCGGCUCCACACUGCGGCGAGAAGCCGAACUUCUUGCCGUAG